AUGUGGUUCUUCCUAGUGUGCCUGGCAGUUAUAGGGACAGCUAGAUGUCAACUUUGUAAUGACUGUUCGUGUAUCCCGGGCAAGCAACCAUCUCAAAAGUCAAGUUUCAGCGUUCCCGAGGCUUUUAAGAGAGAUAAAAUCACCCCGGACUAUCUACCUGUCCCGCCUAAAGAUUUUCUUACGGGCCCUUUUGUUAGCGCUGAUGUGAACUUGGGAAACUUCAUAUCGCCACUAAGAGCUAUUGAUCCACUUCUGUUCCAGUAUGACAAGGCACAAGGAAAUAAGAAUUACACUCUUGUAUUAAUAGACAUCGAUGCACCGGUGAUGUCAAAGGCCAAGGGUUUUGUGAAUUUGUUAGUUGUGAAUAUACCAGGAGUUGAUUCAAUCACAACGGGAGACUUGGCUGUUCCAUUCUCACCAGCCAUGCCAUCCUUGGGUAGUGGCAUGCAUCGUGUCAUAGGGUUAUUCUACGAACAAGAAAAGUAUAUUGACCCUGAUCAAAUUGAUCUUCUGGGGCUAGCAAGAACACGGCUUAUACCUCAAAUAAACGUCUUCACGCAAACUUACGGCCUCGGGGAUCCGGUUGCUGGAAAUUUCUUUAAAACUGAAUUAUCCUAUUAUGCCAUCGUCAUAGCUGGCUUUUGUAUGGACUUUAAUUUGGACCAUUCGAUUCAUGGAGAAACUGUCACAUCUAGAAUUGUUUGGACCUCUAAUAUAGUACUUGGUACGGUUAUCACUUGUGUUGGUGCAUAUGGCGCACCAAACAGACUACAUGAUGUUAUUAGCGCAUUGAACAAAAUUGAAAAGGUAAAAUGUCAAGUUAAAGGCGCAAAUCAGGACCAUACAGAAAAAAAGCACAUUAUUUCACUUUUAGCGUACCUCGGUAUGGUAACAGUGCUUAUAAUCGCUGAUUUGUACAAAGACACGUGUGAGGAAAUCGAAUUUGGGCACCAUGUAAAUUUGAUAGUAAUGAACUCAUUUUUCUCUUUGGAGUACUUCGUUCACGAAUUAAUAGUAAUUCAGUUUACAUUAAUAGCGGCUCAAGUGCAACAUAUUUUCGUGGAAGUAAAUGAGAAAUUACAGGAUAUCAAAGAUAAUCUGGACAAACAGCAAGGCUCUUUUGAACCUCCACGAGAAAUUAAAAACAAAAAUAUAAAUAGUGUAAUCGACUCCCUUUACUUAAAAGACACAGAAAAAGAUUUAAAUGGAGAUUAUAAAACAAUACGAUCAUUAGCACAUUCAUACGAAGCCAUAUGUGACAUUGUGGAGAAGAUUGGUUGCAGUCACAAAGUCCUAAAUCUCUGCCUUCUAACGUCCUCUUUCCUACAUUUAGUCGUCACUCCAUAUUAUGACAUAUUCACAAACAUAUAUGCCUUGAUACGAAAGCCCUCAGUGUUAUUGAUACGAAUUGUAUGGUUCUACGUCCAUCUUUUUAAUCUGGGACUGUUGGUGGAGCCAUGGCAUCAGAUACAAGUUCAAAUCAUGGGCGCUGUAACAACAUACCUUGUUAUUAUAUUCCAGUUUCGAAGUUGA